AUGUACGAUCUCAAAGACUUAACUUCUGGAGAACCCAAGCUACAAAUAAAAGAAGAAUGUUUGAAGGAAAAUCAUCUAGAGAGUCUGUUAAACAUUCUUGAUAAAAAGUCUACACAUGAUAACAAAACAAAACCCACUAAUGAAAUCAGUGAAGCUGAUGCUGUUGACUUUUUCAUCAAAAUUUGGGACGAUGAACCAGAUACAGAACCAAGUCUUGCUGCAGAGGGAGGGUUGGAAACAAGUGAAGAAACUUUGGCAGAUGAUGCUGAUUCUGUUGGCCUAAUCAGAAGGGAACUACAGGAACGCUUUAGUGGUAUGGAGAUCACAAAGCAAGAAAGAGCAUCUUAUAUGCCUUUUCAUAUUAAAGUAGAAAAAGAAAAAAAUUCUUUCUUUCAUCCCUCUUAUAAACCUGUGCCUAUUAAACAAAAAAUACCAGAUGGUAAAGAACCCAGAAACAUUGCUGAUGAAGGAUUCUUUGUUGGGAAGAAACCAUUUGUAUCAAAAAGGAAUAUAAACAGACUAGAAAGCAGAUUGGUUCAGCAAAAAGAACUUCAUUGGUUUGGUGAGGAUGGCAAAGUAAAAAUGCUUUCAGAUCCUGUGUGUAAUGAACCAUAUAGGCAGAUACUUGAAGAUAAUCCUGAAGAAUUUCCUGCCCUUGAAUAUGUUAAAGCGUCUGUAAAAUCGAACAAGUUGAGAUUGAAUGUUGAUAAAGACAAACAGUACCAAUUGGACUUAGAUCUGUCAUCCAUUUCAUUUGUCCAUCAUCCUCUAUUUAGUGCUGAGCAUGUGAUUGAGUCUCGUUUACUGCAGAUGUAUGAAAAGUAUUAUUGUAAUGAAAAGAAGGAUCUGGUUAAUAAUUUGCAACAAAAGUUGAAGGCUUUAAGAGCUGCCGUUUCUAAUAUAAAGAAAAGCAUGCGAGUUGGAAUGCAAGAAACCUCUGUUAAUAAUGAGAGAUUAACACGACUCAAACAGUAUUCAAAUGAUAUUAGGCAAACUAAAAGAAUGAGAGAUUGGAAAGAAUCUGAACAAAAAAUAUUGUGGAAGGACAUUAUUGAUACAUGGGAAGAACUAAAAAAGCGUCGUCAAACCCAAGGAUUUACUUCUACUUCCUUCAAUCUUAAAAUACAUAGAGAAAGAACAGAUGAAGCCAUUGAAAAAGAGGAGUGGGAAAGAGAGCUGCUUGAUGAAUUGGAGGAGGAAAUGGAAGAAUAUGAAUCAUGUUCUGAAAAGCUUUUUCAAGAAUAUGAAACUGCUCUUAAUAAAUGGAAACAAUGGAACAAGGCUCAAAAACUUGCUAAAAAACGACAAAAAAUACGGGAAAAGCUUUUAAAGAAAACUCAAGAUGAAGAAAGUGAUAUUCCUGAAGAUUUAAAUGCUACAAAGCUAGAAGAUGAAAAAAUAUUAGCAGAACCAGAACUUCCAAAACCAAAACCUGUUUCAAAGUUUAACUCAGCUGCCACAUUAGAAAAACUGAGGAAUAAUGCUAUUAAAAUGAGAAGAAAUCCUGGUGAUCCUAAACUUCAUAUUACUGUAGAUCAUGAUAUUCCAAUAACACCAUCAAGUCAGUGCCCAAGGGAGGAAGUUUAUAGGCGAAAUGCUGUUUCUAAGACUAAGCUAUAUUUUAAAAUUAUGUACAAUAAUAAGAAAGUGGCUGAGACAUGUGAAAGAAGUCUAAGUCAAGAUUUCAAGGCAGUAUGGGGACAGAUUUUUAAAAUUCAAAUUGUUCAGUAUCCUCAGAGUUUGCAGAUUGAGAUUUUAGAAAGUGGAUUCUUUAGUGGAUAUCAUUUUGCGGAGUUAUUUAUUCCUGUUCCCAAUGUUUCUCAAACUGCAUUGAACAGCAAACUUAUUGACCACCAGUUUAGCUCUGAUAAAUACGUGUCACCUAAAUAUGCUUCUGUUGGAAGUGGUGUAUCAUUCAAGUUUCACAAUGGCACAGAGACUUUCUUACUAAGUAGUGGUGUUUUGAAAUGCAGUCUAGUUUGGGGUGUGUCUGAUGAUGGAGCUGUUCUUGUCCCACCAUUCCUUGAAAGUCCUUUGAAGGAUGCAAGAGUUGGACCUUCAUUGUCUUAUUUAACUUCUGGUAGAUUUUUCAGCAUUGCUAAAUUGCUCAGGUGGAUAAAGAACUCUAACUUGGAUCCUCACAAUCCAGAAAAUUUUGAAUUGUUCCAGAUUUUUCAAGAUUUGGGUGUUAGUGAUACUAUUUCUGAAGAAAGCACCGACUAUUUCCGUUUGGAUCCAUUUCAAGAUGAACUUGAUUUUUGUACUUCAGAAGAAAUAGAAAAUAACAAGCGUUUUCAACUGUUGCAGCUUAGAAAUCAAGAUGCUUCAUUCUUUCGAAAUUUAACCAUGAUUCCAUCAGAUGAGAAAGAUCUUUCAGAGGAAAUGUUGCAAGUACGAGAGGAAGUGGCCAAACGUUUUUAUGUGUCACAACACCAAAAGAUGUUUGAAGAUAUAGUCAUUGAAGAGAAAGUGCCUAGCAUUGGAAUGAUUGGUUUUAGUCUCUUGAAACUGUUUCAAACAAAACGUCCUUUGUAUCCUGCUCGGAAAGAUAGGAAAAAAAUUAACCUUGCUUCUACCAAUAUGGACGUCAAAAUAAUAUUUAGAAUAUUACAUGCAUCUAAUGUUCCAGUCAGAAAGGACGUUCAACCUGUAAAAGAAAAGACUGAAAAGAAUGAUUUUGAAACCUCCAUUCAAUUUGAAAGCCAAGUUCAACCAUUUGUUGAAGUGAUGUUUCAGAGAACGGCGGUUAAAACUGGGAUAGCUGAUGGCCCACAUCCUACAUGGAACCAGGAAAUCGAAUUGCCUUUUUGUGCUCCAAAUAAUAAUUACAGCCCAGCAAGCCUUGAAACUGUUAAGGAUGUUAUUUAUAUUAAUUUGUUUGAUGAAGUUACCGUAGAUCUCCUUGAUGAUGAUGUUGAACGUGGUACAGUGGUAUAUGAGAGAUUGGAGAGAAGGUGGCUUGGAAAUCUAAAAGUGCCUUUUACUACUUUAUACUUAAAUUCUAAGAUAGAAGGUACAUUUCGAAUAAAUGUACCACCUGUACUACUUAGUUAUGAAAAUGAGCCACGACCUUGGCUUUCUGGUUUAAGUGGUGUAUCUGAAGGUCAUACAUACCUUUCAUUUUUCAUGACCAUUGAGCCUUGUUUACCUUUGCCAGAAAUUUUUAGAGAUCAGUGUGAUAGUGGAGAACCAGAAAAAGUUUUAUAUGAAGUGGAAAAAUGGCGCCAAUCUGUGAUUCCCAGGUAUCCUGAUCGGAUAAUCAAGUUGAUGUCAGUUGAUUUGAGUGGGAAAUGGAUAUUUAUUACCCGGUUUCUACGCCCUCUAGAGCCACCCGAAGAAUUACUAUUUGGCAAUAAGGAGUCGGUUGAGACAAUGGAAUUAUUGGCUCGUUUUGUGUCACUUAUCCCAACUGUGUCGGAUAGCAUUGCGUUUCCUGGACUGUGUGAUAUAUGGAGCACAUCUGAUCAAUUUUUGCAAAUGCUUUGUGGAGAUGAGGAAGAGCAUGCAAUUCUUCUGUGCAAUUAUUUCCUGCAUCUGGGCAAACGAGCAAUGCUCCUUUUAGGAUUGGGCAUUCCGGAAGGUCCUACUGCAUAUGUGGUGACAUGGCAGAGUUCUAAUGAUGUGUGGGUGUGGAAUGCAUCUACAGGAGAUCACUUCAGUGUUCAAGACAAUCAUAAUCCUCUACAGAGUGUUGGAUGUUUGAUUAGUGUUGAUAAUGUAUGGGCUAAUAUACAGAGAAGCAAUCAUCCCUCAAGAAUAAAUUUUGAUGUCACUAAAAUGAGCGAUUGGAAACCCUUUUUUUCUCGUAGCUUGCAUAAUCCUGGACUAAGAAGUAUACAGCCAUCUGUGCUGAGAUACAGUAAAACUGAUCCCAAAUAUGUGCAAGAACUGCAAGAAAGUUUGGCCAGUGGACUCCAAAACAGCAUUAUUAAGUGGAGGCACAAAAUCCCUACAUCUUGGAAUGAAGACUGCAACAAAGUUCUGUACAAGAUCUUAACAAGGCUUGAAAGAAAUGCUGGAAGAACAGCCAGUGAUGAUUCCCUUCAAGAGUUAGAGCAGAUAUUAAGUGCUUAUAAGAUGAAUGGUUUUCCUUUAACUAUGCCAUACACAGAAAAUGAAGCAGUGAUUGAAGCAGUUUUUGCAACAGGGGUUCACUUAACUGAAGACAAAAAUGCUGAAUUCUCUCUAGCUGUUUAUAUUCACCCAUAUCCAUGCUCCAUACUUGCAAUCUGGGUAUAUGUUGCAGUUUUAAUACAACGAAGACAUGUGAAAGAAACUGAAGAGGAUGAAUAAAUUAUAAAAGUCAUUUUAAACUAUUUCUUUAAAUAAAAAGGAAUUAUUAGGACUGCAGAG